AUGGCUCCAAUAUACGUCUGUCAUCAAGUCUCGCCAAUCGUCUUGCCACGCGGUGGAGGACGUGCCGACGAAGUGCGAGGGGCGCGACGACCGAUGUUUAUGCUGACGCGCGUAGGGUGGAUGAAGCGGCCAGAUUUGAGGCUGGCGUGGCAGGGGAAGCUUGCCAUCGCCAUCCUCAUUUUCAUCCUCAACGCCAUCAUCAUCUUCUACAUCAUUGAGUUCCGCCGGCUACUAUUCUCGCUUAGGAUCAACCAGUACAAGAAGGGACCCCUCGUCUCCGAGAAGAAGGAUAUCUUGGCGCAGGCUCGUGACCAGGACAUCCAAAGGUAUGUCUUACAGGAAAAUGGUGUGGGAUACUGGGGCGACACCGUCCACGGCCUUAACGACUACCUCAAUACGCUUGGCAUCCAUUGGGACGACGGCGAUCACAAGUUCCUCGAUGAGAACCUCGUGGAUGUCUUCAAGCAGCAAGCCGGCCAGGACUCCACCAAGUCGAUUGAGGCGGUGAUGACCAAGAUGAAUCCGGCUGUGCGCGCGCGGAAUAAGAAUUACCUGCGCAACGCUGUCUUUGUCGGGAAGACGGAUUUCAGGAAGACGCCGAGGUGCGAAGAGUCGCUGCGUCGAAGAAAUGAUUCACUCGCUGCCUGGCACUGUGACAACAAGCGCAAGUUGAUCUUCGUCAUCUGCGACGAUAACAUCAUCGGUAGCGGUAAGGACCGGACGACCCUACGGAUUGUGUCGGACACUCUUGGUGUACCCGAAGGUCGACCCAACGUGUUUUGGCAGAAGCUUCGGCGGAUCGCCGGCUAA